AUGGAGCUCACACCGAUUGACCCCAUUUUCAAGGUAUACCACGACUGCGACGACGGCAUCAAGCCUGGCUCAAGAAAAGUCAAAUUUGCUCUACCGAAGUCCUACAUUACUAAUGGAAUGACACCCAAGAAAACAUUUGACAUGGGAAUACUGAACCUGGAAACAAUUUUUGCCAAGGAAGAACGAGAGAUGAUUGUAACAAGAAGGAGGAGAGGACGGGUUUAUGAUGAGGACGAUAGAAGCAGCAGCGAUGAAUCCAUAUAA